AUGGCGUCGGCCCUGAACAUAAUAAUUCAGUUCGUGUCAUGGAGUAACUACAAAGGUACAGUCAAAAUAGAGCUGUACAAUAAAGGUUGUGAUGGCAAAGAAUGUGUCUUCAGAGCACAAGGUCUGCACACGAACCAAUCAGAGCUGACCUGUGUCUGCAUGUACAUGGGCAUCAGUGACAGCAAUCUGGCCAACCUGGAGGCCAUCCACUACUUUGUGGAAAUCUUAAAUGAGUAUCUCCACAAUGUCACCUUCUAUGAAGUUCACACAGUCCUGGAUGAGAUGCCCCCAGCUGGCGAGAUCUGA